AUGGAUGUUCCGCGGCUCGGGAAUUCCAGAGAAAAGCCGGGAAAAGGCCGCUGGCAGCGCCGGGAGCUCUGCCCUUAUCAGCCACGUGUAGCGGCCGGGCAGGGAGGGAGCGCGCUGAACAAACAGGAACAGGAACUGGGGCGCAGGUGGCACCGGGGAGGUGCCGGGGGCGCUGCCGGGGGUCCCCACCUGCCGCACCCCGGGCUCGGGGCUCGCCUGUCCCCGGUGGGCCCGGGCGGGAGCGCCUGGGAAGGUUCUGGGAAGGCUCCGGAGCCGAGCGUGGCUCCAGGGCAGGAACCGAGGGGAGGCGGCUCCCGAGCGGAGCGCUUCCCUGGCCGCGGGCACAGAGGGGAUUCCCAGAGCCCUGAUCCCAUCCCGGGAUCCAGCACAGCCCCGUGUUACUGUCCUGGGGUGCAGCACAGCCCCGUGUCCCCAUCACUGUCCCCAUCCGUGUCCCCGAGGCGCUCAGCCACCAGCGACCCCUCCCCGAUGUCGCCUCCGAGCCAGGUGGGACCAUCCCCGGCCGUGUCCCCGGAGUUCCCACAUCCCAUCCCCAGCACGGACACCCAUCCCGGUGAACCCGAUCCCAAACCCCUCCUGCCGGAGCAAACAGCGGGGCCGGGCCAGGCGCGGCUGAAUAUUCAUGACAGGGAGCUGUGCCAGCCCUGGGCGGGUGGCCCUGGGUGGCCCUGGGUGGCCCUGGGUGGCCGUCACCGCCGCGGACCGGCUGUGGCAACGCCCGGGGCGCGGUGGCCUCCAGACCCGGUGGCGGCGGCUCCGUGGCACGAGGGUCGGGCACCGGGAACGGAGGAAUUUGGGCUCCCGAAAUCCAUGACGGUCCGGGAUCCGCUCUGGGGGAUGCUGGGGAUCCCUGAGGGAUUGGGGGAGAUCCGGGAUCCUCUCUGGGGGGGAUCUGGGGAUCCCCGCAGGGACUGGGAUCUGCUUGGAGCCUCCCGGGGAGUCCUCCGGGACGGCUGGGGGGGAAUCCCGGAGAUCUCGGCUCGGUGCUGCGGCACCUUGGGACCGGGAUUGAGACCGGGACGGAGACCGGACUGGGACUAA